ACAAGGAAAAUCAACAAGUCGCCCAAAGCGCCACCUAAUGACAUUAUUUCCGUGACGUCAGCAUAGAAGAACCCGGAUAGACGUCACAAGUAGAAAUCAACUUGGUGUUUGGAAGAGAAAGAAUUCUCUCGAGAAGAACAUCUUAUGCUAAGAAAGGGAAUUAGUUGAUCCUGUUUUCUUUGUGAUCCUUUAAAAAGAACUUUGCAUUGAUAUGUCCACACCAGCCAGAAGGAGAUUAAUGAGAGAUUUUAAAAGAUUGCAAGAAGAUCCUCCUGCUGGUGUUAGUGGUGCUCCUACAGAUAAUAAUAUUAUGAUAUGGAAUGCUGUUAUAUUUGGGCCUCAUGAUACCCCUUUUGAGGAUGGAACUUUUAAACUUACACUCGAGUUUACGGAAGAAUAUCCAAAUAAACCACCAACAGUGAGAUUUGUAUCUAAAAUGUUUCAUCCAAAUGUAUAUGCUGAUGGAAGCAUUUGCCUUGAUAUUCUUCAGAAUAGGUGGAGCCCAACGUAUGAUGUUUCAGCCAUUUUAACUUCAAUACAAUCUCUUCUGGACGAACCGAAUCCAAAUAGUCCUGCGAAUAGUUUAGCAGCGCAGUUAUACCAGGAGAAUAGACGGGAAUAUGAAAAAAGGGUAGCUACCAUUGUAGAGCAGAGCUGGUUGAACUUUAAUGAAGAUGAAGAAAAGGAAGCUAGAAAAGAUUCUUAGAGACUAAUCUUCAUGGAUAUCUUAGCUAAAAUUAUGAAGUUGUGAUUGCGCACUGUACACUUUUUUCCCUUAUAACAUGGCAUCAUCUCGUCAUGACCCAGUGAAUUCUGAAUACUUUUGUGAAUGAAUAUUUGCUGCCUGCCUGAAAGUUUCGACAUUUUUUCCCAGAAAAAUUCACUUUGAUAAACUGUACGGAUUUCUCAAUUAUUUUAUUUGUUUUCUGUCAGUGUAAUUAGUAGCCAUAAAUUGAUUCGGAAGAGAUAGUAACGUGCUGUACAUCUUGUAUGUAUAAUUAAUUAGUUAUUAUGUAAUUUAUAUUUUUUCCUGUUUAUCAAAUAUAUAUAGAGAGAGUCUUCGGCUUUUUUUUUUUGUUUUGUUUUUGUUUUGUUUUUUUUUUGUAAUAUUACUAUUUUCCACUUAUGAUUUUACUGCCGUAACUUAUACAAUUAGAGAAAAUCUAUGUAGAUAUUUGGGCUGUUUAAUUAUUACAAAAACUGCACCAGCAGUGGCUUUCAAUUUUUAAGGAAUGGGUUUAGUCAGUACUCCCAGUAAUGUACAUUAUAUUUUUAUUUGAGUGCAAUGGAUCUUUACGCUUUUCUCUAAUUAGCUUAAAGAUUUCUGUUGGGAGAUUCCUUAUUCUACAUCAAAAUAUCCAUAGAAAUUUUACUUUCAGGAAUAGUUUAAAAACAAAAAAAAAAAGAAGUGAGAAAUUACCUUAAAACUAAUUCUGCAAAAAACUUCAGAGUUGAUAUUGAUAUGGUUCCAGUAUCGAAAGAAAAUGUUAUAUACCACUAUAUAUAUAUAUACAGUAUAUAUAUACAUAUAUGUAUAUGCUAUAUAUCAAGAAAUUGGUAUCCUCAUCUAAUAUUUCCUUUUAAAGUGACAAUAGUUGUAUACAUGUACUUGUGGAGUAUAUCAUCUUUCAUUUGAGUUCAUUGGUUGUUAAAAAUUUAGAAGAAGAAAAACAAAAAAAAAAAUAAUAAUAAAGCGACAAUGAAUAUUGUCGGAAUAUAUGAAUAUCUUUGUUCAUCUGUAUACCAAAGAAGCUUGUAAAUGAACACUGCUGGAACUAGUUGCAAGCCAUAUCUAGGGGAAUGUGUUUUUUCCUAUCUACAGCAUACAAAAAAAAAAAAAAAAAAAAAAUACAAUUAUUUUUCUUCUUAGUCUUUGCUUUACUGGUUUAGACAUAAAGAAAAAAAUAUUUCAAGUAUAGAAAACUGUG